GACACCCAGAGCCUGCUGAUGCAGCGUCUGUCUCCCGGUGGCUCCAGGGGGAGUCCCCCGUACUUCCCGGGCAGCGUGAUGCGGGCCAGCGCCCCACCCCAGGCCCUGGGCUACCGGCGGGCGCUGCCCACCAAGGACCACCAGCUGCUGUGGGACCAGCAGGGCACCAUCUUCCUGCUGAGCAACGCAGACCCGGCCCUCAGGCCACAGGGCUUCCCCACCGGGCGCCUGGAACACCACAGCUCCAGCCACGUGCUCUGCCAGGGCGCCAAAGACUUUUCCGUGGACCCCCGUAGUGACGUCUCCUGCCGCAAGUACAUCUACGUCCUGGUGACCCGCUCCAGCCCCGCCCCCCUGGGCUCCGAGGGCCCGCCCACGCGCUGCGAUUGUGUGGAGGUCUACCAGCAGGACAUCAGGACCAAGGUGUUUCGCAUGACCUUUCACCCCUCCCUCAGCUUCACCCAGAUCCGCGUCAUGGGCUCCGAGGCCCACAGGACUCUGCUGCUGCUCACUGCCACAGGGAAGGUGUACGCUCUCUCGGUGAACGAGACCCAGCUCACCACACCACCCUCCUACACGGUGCAGCUGGCCCUGAGGAAGGUCAGCACCUCUCUGCCCCAGCUGCCCAUCACUCAGAUCCACACCAGCUGCAGGAGCGCCCUCUACCUGACCGUGGAAGGUUCAGUCUUCAUGGAGGUGCACUCUCCAGGUGUGUACCACACCCUGUUUGGAACCCAGCUGGGCUACGAUCCCUGUGACAUCCAUGUUCCUCUGCCCCUCCGUCUGCCCUUUAAGGUGGUGAAGUGCUCUCUGGGACUGAGCCACCUCUGUCUGCUGGAUGACUGUGGGCGCAUGUUCAUGCAAGGGAGCAACCGCUACGGUCAGCUUGGCACCGGAGACAAGAUCGACCGUGGACAACCCACCCAGGUGUGUGUGUGUGUUCGGGUGGUGCUGUCUCUGAUUCCAGUGGAUGUGUGGUGUGGUCUGAACCACUCCCUGGUCCUGCUGCAGGCGGAGUCAGGCUCCAAGGAGGUGCAAGGGUGUGGGUGUGGAGCGGGAGGCCGUCUGCCCGGGUGCUGCAAGGGCAGCGCCGUGUUCGUCAAGCUGAGCGUCAUGGUGCCCCGCACCACCCGUUCCAUCUGCUCGUCCCAGGACCUCCUCUACCUGCUCACCUGCCACGACGUCGCAGAAACCCCUCUCUUCAGCCGGCCUCAGCACCCAAUCCAGCUGGCGGAGCGGGAGGCCAGCGAGGAGAAGGCCGUCCUGCAGAGACAGCUGUGCCUGAUGAAGAGCAAGGGCCCCAGCGCCGCCGUUGGAAUGAAGAUGUUGCAGGACGCAGUGCAGAACCUCAUGACCCUGUUGAACCCAAUCCACCGCAACUUCCUGGUCGAUGCUCUGGGUCUCAUCCAGAAAGCUUCCGAUAAAAAGCCACUGGAAUCAUAG